AGCUAUUGCUUUAGGAAGCAUUACAGUCACAGAGCUCAUUUCUGCUGGUAGUCUUGUGAAUCUGCUCACCGAAAAUACAAUGUCACAGGACUUUCAGACUGCACUGCUGGAGAUAGGUGGCACAUUUACAGGAGACUAUUUACUUGAAGGCUUUGAUGAUUUAUACAACGACUCCAUUUAUGGUGGGACUGAUGGUGAUGAUGGUGCUGUAUGCGACCUCACGGAGGGCUGGGAUUUUAAGGCGGUGUUCAUCCCAAUUCUGUACUCUGUGGCGUUUGUCGUGGGCAUCCUGGGAAAUGGGGUGCUGCUGGGAGUGCUGUUUCGGAGCAGGAAGACCUGGAGUGUGACUGACACCUUCAUCCUCCACCUGGGUUUUGCCGAUGUGUUGCUUCUGUUGACGCUGCCCUUCUGGGCUGCGGAGGCCGCACAAAGCGGAGGCUGGACAUUUGGUGUUCAUCUCUGCAAGAUCACUGGCACAGUUUUUACGAUCAAUUUCUACUCUGGGAUCUUUCUGCUGGCCUGCAUCAGUCUGGACCGCUACCUGUCCAUCGUUCACGCCACCCACAUGUACUCCCGUAAGAAGUCUUGGGUCGUCCAGGCCAGCUGCUUUGCAGUGUGGCUCUUCUCCCUGCUCCUCUCUAUCCCGGACUGGAUUUUUUUGGAAGAUGUACAUAAUGACCGACAAAAUAAAAGAGAGUGUGUUCGAAACUACUUUAAGGCUUCCUCUCAGACAGAAGCUAACUGGCGACUGACAUCUCGCCUGCUCUUUCACAUGGUGGGCUUCCUCCUUCCUUCAGCUGUCCUCAUCUUCUGCUACUCCUACAUUCUGCAGCGUCUGCGGUGUGGCACCGUGGGUCUCCAAAAGCAGAAAGCUUUCAGGGUCAUCAUUGCUGUGGUGGUGGUCUUCUUUAUCUGCUGGACGCCAUACAACAUCACACUCAUGGUGGACACAGUUAAUUUCGACAACAGCAGCCAGCCCUGUGGAAGCAGAACAUCUCUGGAGAAAGCCAGGAUUGUCACCUCCUCCAUUGGCUACCUCCACUGCAGCCUCAAUCCCAUCCUGUACGCUUUUGUGGGCGUGAAGUUCCGGCGUCAGCUGCUGGACAUCCUGAGGUCUCUGGGCUGCAAGCUGAAGACAGGCUUCAAAAUCCAAUCUGCUGUCAGCAGCAGGAAAAGCUCUAUUUGGUCUGAGUCUGCAGACACCUCCAACUCCAUUGCCAUCUGAAGGGGACACAUAAACACACCAACAGGCGCACUGAUAAACAAGCUGACAAACUGACUUCAACUUCACACGACGACACAGACGAGAACAGCUUAUCACGCAAUGCGUUUCUGUACACUUCCUGUCUUGUAUAUUCUCUAACAGAUUGUUUUCUUUCAGAUUUGCAUUUUUCAUAUUGCAUUUGUUGAGAAUGAACAUGACCUCAGAACAAAACGAAUUUUAACUUUGUGGACUCGAGGUUAUACUCAGCAGAUUUAUUUUUACUGUAUAUUAUAGGAUAAAAAUAACAUUUCCCUUUUCUGCUAUAUGUUAGGCACCAUUAUGUCAUAAAUAUGUCUGCUGUAGCUACCUUCUAUAUUACAUAUGUUUGAAUUACAUAUAUUUUAUAUUUUUAUUAUAGUUAUAGUUCUUACAGUUCUUCAUGUUUUUUUGUAUAUGAAAUAUUCAAAUUCAGAAUAAACAUAAAAACAAAACAAAACAGUGUUUCUGACAU